GUUGUGAUAGGUUGUGUUUAUGUUUAUUUUCUGAUUGCAUGAAAUAGAGAAUUUAUUUAAUUAAUUAUGAAUUCUAAAGAAAAAGAAAAAUAUAUUGAAGAAUUUGAUUUUCCUCAUUGUGACGAAUCCGCAAAAUAUGAAAAAGUUGCUAAAAUUGGUCAGGGUACCUUUGGGGAGGUGUUCAAAGCAAGGGACAAAAAGAAUAGUAAGAAAUUUGUUGCCAUGAAAAAAGUCCUGAUGGAUAAUGAAAAAGAAGGGUUCCCCAUCACUGCCUUACGAGAAAUUAGAAUACUCCAAUUGCUCAAACAUGAAAACGUCGUUAAUUUAAUUGAAAUUUGUCGAACAAAAGCCACUCAAUAUAAUCGUUAUCGUUCUACAUUUUACCUCGUUUUUGAUUUCUGCGAACAUGAUCUGGCUGGUUUACUUUCUAAUGUCAAUGUAAAAUUUAGUUUAGGCGAAAUUAAAAAAGUAAUGCAACAAUUGUUAAAUGGUCUAUAUUACAUUCAUAGUAAUAAGAUCCUACACCGAGACAUGAAAGCAGCAAAUGUUCUCAUAACCAAAAAUGGUAUUUUAAAACUAGCUGAUUUUGGGUUAGCAAGAGCGUUUAGUGUAAGUAAACCUGGACAAGCAAAUCGCUAUACCAACCGUGUCGUAACACUGUGGUACCGGCCGCCAGAGUUACUGCUAGGAGAUCGAAACUAUGGGCCUCCCGUUGAUUUGUGGGGUGCAGGCUGCAUAAUGGCUGAAAUGUGGACGAGAUCUCCCAUCAUGCAAGGUAACACUGAACAACAACAAUUAACAUUAAUAUCGCAACUAUGCGGAUCAAUUACCACAGAAGUUUGGCCCGGAGUUGAAAGUCUAGAUUUGUUUAACAAAAUGGAUCUACCCAAAGGACAAAAAAGAAAAGUCAAAGAACGACUAAAGCCAUAUGUCAAAGAUGCGUAUGCAUGUGAUUUACUGGACAAACUUUUAAUUCUUGAUCCAAGUAAAAGAUACGACUCUGACUCAGCGUUGAACCAUGACUUUUUUUGGACCGACCCUAUGCCUUCUGACUUGAGCAAAAUGUUGGCUCAACACACACAAAGUAUGUUCGAAUUCUUGGCACCUCCACGAAGACCAGGACAUAUGCGACAUCCUCAUCAUCCAGCACCUGCUGGCCCAACCAGACCUACUACCAGUGUAACCGACAGUGGUUAUCAAGAUCGUGUUUUCUAAAGUAUAUUACAUAUAUUAUAAUGUUAUUUAUAAUGCAAUAUUUUAGUAACGAGUAAAUUUAAGGUUUGAAAAAAAUUAAAUUGUUGAUCAAUAUAUUUUAGCUUACAUUCUUUUGAUAGCAAUACAUAUUUUGUAUUAAUAAUUGUAUGUCAACCAUACAUUCUAAAUGACUGAGAACAUAUGUAGGGAAAAAUAAGUUUUUUUUAUAAAAAAUCAUAUUAACUUUCUUAUUUUUCUGCUGUAAGAAAUUUUUAAGCAAUGUGAAGAUAUUUAAUUUUUUUUAUUCAAUGACAACUCACUAUAGUUAAUUUAAGUCAUAGAAUUAAUAUAACUAAUUAUUAAUAAAAUAAAAAAUAACUGGAUUAAAUUAUGUUUUUUUUUAGUACACAAAAAGUUUCUUCUAUAAGCUUGUACUUUGUUUAGCACCGUUUCAUGUACAUAACAAAACAACCAGUUUUAAUACUCAUCGCUUCAUAUAAGUAAAUUUACAUAUAUAUUUAGAGAGAGAGAGAGAGAGA